AUGGCCAGUGUGCUUUCCCGGCGCCUUGGUAAGCGAUCCCUCCUGGGAGCCCGGGUGUUGGGACCUACUGCUUCAGAUGGGCCAUCAGGGACCAUCCAGCCCUUGGAACCUCAAGUGGAGCUGCUGGAGAGGGCAGCUCAACAGCCCUUCCUCGCUUAUAAGGACAGUUCCUUCCAGGAGCAACCCAAGGAAAUCCUCAAGAUUCCUAGUAUCUCAGGCCUCCAGCAGGUGGCUUUUCAGCCUGGGCAGAAGGUUUAUGUGUGGUAUGGGGGUCAAGAGUGUCUAGGACUGGUGGAGCAGCACAGCUGGGCAGAGGAUAAGGUGACCGUCUGGUUGUUGGACCAGAAAUUACAAAUCUGCUGCAGAGUGGAGGAGGUGUGGCUCGCAGAGCUGCAGGGCUCUGUUCCCCAGGCACUGCCCACAGAGCAGGGAGCCCAGGCACUGGCCUACAGACCCGUCUCCAGGAACAUUGACGUCCCAAAAAGGAAGUCAGAUGCAGUGGAAAUGGAUGAGAUGAUGGCAGCCAUGGUACUGACAUCCCUGUCCUGCAGCCCAAUUGUGCAGAGUCCUCCUGGGGCCGAGGCCAACUUUUCUGCUUCCCGCGUAGCCUGUGACCUGUGGAAGGAGAGCGGUGAUGUGUCUGACAGUGGGAGCAGCACAACCAGUGGGCACUGGAGUGGGAGCAGUGGCAUUUCCACCCCCUCACCCCCCCACCCCCAGGCCAGCCCCAAGUAUUUGGGGGAUGCCUUUGGUUCCCCUCAAACCGAUAAUGGAUUUGAAACAGAUCCUGACCCUUUCCUGUUGGAUGAACCAGCUCCACGCAAAAGAAAGAACUCUCUGAAGGUGAUGUACAAGUGCCUGUGGCCAAACUGUGGCAAAGUUCUACGCUCAAUUGUGGGCAUCAAACGACAUGUCAAAGCCCUCCAUCUGGGGGAUACUGUGGACUCUGACCAGUUCAAGCGGGAGGAGGAUUUCUACUACACAGAGGUGCAGAUGAAGGAAGAAUCUGCUGCUGCUGCUGCUGCUGCUGCUGCUGCUGCCAGCACCCCUGCCCCUGGGACCCCCACAGCUGAACCAGCUCCCAUCCCGAGUGUGACCAGCACACCUCUUGCCAUUCUUCCGCCACCUCCUCCCAAAACCCAGUCCUCAGGCCCAGAACACCCUGGCUUAGAGUCUUACCUGCCCUCUGAUGCUCUCAGCAAGUCAGCUCCUGGUUCCUUCUGGCACAUUCAGGCUGACCAUGCAUACCAGGCUCUGCCAUCCUUUCAGAUCCCUGUGUCUCCACAUAUCUACACCAGUAUUAGCUGGGCUGCUGCCCCCUCCAGUGCCUCCUCCCUCUCUCCGGUCCGGAGCCGGUCGCUAAGCUUCAGCGAGCCCCAGCAUCCACCACCAGCAGUGAAAUCUCACCUGCUUAUCACUUCUCCACCACGGGCUCAGAGCAGCACCAGGAAAGCCCGUGGGGAAGCUAAGAAGUGCCGCAAGGUGUACGGCAUCGAGCAUCGAGACCAGUGGUGCACAGCCUGCCGGUGGAAGAAGGCCUGCCAGCGAUUCCUGGAUUGAACCUGUCCAACCGGCUUAUCCUCUUUUCUUUCUGGCCCUGACCUGCAGCCGGAUGACAGAAAGACACAUGUGUCACAAGAAGCCCUCAGCAGAAACCUGAAAGAUAAAAGUGAAAAUGUGGAGUUUGGGCUCAAUUGGCCAAGGUUUAACACUUAAAACAUUUUUUUUCCCCAUGUGGGAACAUUUUACUUUUUAAAAAA